ACAUCAGAAAGCUCAGCGGGGGAAGAAGCGCAGAAGGCGGCAAAGUGCAGAGCGGCUGAAGAGAGAGAGAGAGAGAGAGAGAGAGAGAGAGACAGAGAAAAAACAAACAAAUAAAUAACCAGCUUACCAGAGAGAUAACCAAACAGUCAUGGGUUUGUUGGAGCAUUGUGAGCAGUUCUUCAACACUUCCAACCUCUAUGAGGUGCUGGGGGUCCCAAAGGGGGCAACGGAUGCUGAGGUGCGACGUGGCUACUACAAACUCUCCCUGCAGGUGCAUCCUGACAGAGCCAGCGGAGACCAGGACGCCACCACCAAGUUUCAGAUCUUAGGAAAGGUCUACGCUGUGUUAAGCGACAAGGAGCAAAGAGCCGUCUAUGAUGAACAGGGUGUUGUGGAUGAAGAGUCGGACUCCCUCAGUCAAGACCGUGACUGGGAAGAACACUGGAGAAGGCUGUUUCCAAAGAUCACGCUGCAGGACAUCAUGGACUUUGAGAAGCAGUAUAAGGACUCAGAGGAGGAGCUGCAGGACCUGAAGAGGCUCUACCUGCUUCACGAAGGAGACAUGGAUCAAAUCAUGGAGUCGGCGCUGUGCUGUAGUCAUGAAGACGAGCCUCGCGUGCGGGACAUCCUGCAGCGUGCCGUUGACGCUAAAGAUAUACCUGCUUACAAAGCCUUCACACAGGAGAGCUCCAAGAAGAAGGCCAACCGCAAGAGGAAGGCGAAGAAGGAGCAGCAGGAGGCCGAGGAGAUGCGAAAGGAGAUGGGUCUGGACGCUGAGGACAGUCUGGUGGCCAUGAUCCAGCAAAGACAGAAGUCCAAAGAGAAAGGAUUCAACUCGCUCAUCUCGGAUCUUGAGGCCAAGUACUGCAAGAAGAACAAUGCAGGGAAGAAGGGGUCCAAAAAGUGACCGUUAUUCAUACCUGAACUGGACAAAGAUGCCUGGACCUAAACUGACUGCUUAAAUAUAAUUGAGAUGCAGUUGAAGGCUUCUUGAGCUGUUUUCCAGCCACAUAUCUGCACUUUGUGAACUAAUUCAGUUUUAUUUGUGUUCUAUUCAGUGCAUAGUUGAGCAGCACCAACCCUUUGGGCCAGACGAAGCACAUCAUGUGGGGAUUUCAGCUGUCACAGCACUUGGUUUACUCUUUAGAGACCAGACACAGACUUAAAACAGCUCCUCCUCACUGGGGUGAGAGCAUGACUGUAAACAGUAACAGUAGAUCAUUUUUCACACUUAUUACACAUUAAUUGUGUUUCUUAUGCAUUUAUAAAUGCUGUGCAAACAUUUCCGAAUAAAUGCUAAAGCUUUCCUGAAAACA